AUGUCUGCGCCGCAGAUUCCAAACCUUCUCUCUCUUCGAGGGCGAGGUGGUGCUCGCGGGCGCGGUGCAAGAGGCCGGGGCGGCUUUGCGAGCCCCGCGGGACCGGGCAGCCACGAUACCGUCAUCCAGGGUACCGACACCGACGCGUCCGUCUCGCGGCUGAGCGCCGUCGACCUGGGCUACCUGGAGGACCCGUAUGCCCGGUAUUUCGUGCAACAGAACGCCGGGCCGCCCACACGCAGAUUGCCCAUCAUCAACCGAGGCACCUACACACGGACAUCGGCUCUGGAUCGACUUGUAUCUACCUUUCUCUUUAAGGGUAACAGAGAAGAUGGAGAGAAACGGCAGAUCAUCUCUCUGGGUGCUGGAACGGACACACGCCCCUUCCGCCUGUUCUCGCGACCUGAGACGCGUGGUUUGAUAUACCACGAGAUAGACUUUCCAGCGAUUGCAGCUAAAAAGCGGGCAACUGUUCAGUCAAUACCAGUCUUGCGGAGCAUCAUCACCAUCAGUUCAGAGCUCGUGGAUGGUACCUGGGGCAACCAAUCUCUUGCAAAUGAGAGCUCCUACUACUGUCACGGUCGCGACCUGCGAGACUUCGCACAGACCACACCACCGAGCCUCCCAGGGAUUGAAAGUGGCAUCCCUACCCUCAUAAUAUCCGAGUGCUGCCUCUGCUACCUUCAACCGCCAGAGGCCAAGUCUGUGAUAUCCCACUUCACGUCACUGGUUUCCUCAGCUGCUCUCGUCGUAUAUGAGCCGGUCAGACCGUCGGAUCCAUUCGGCCGGCAGAUGGUGUCCAAUCUUGCAGCACGGCGGAUCCAGAUGCCGACUCUUGAGCUGUAUCCAGAGGUGACGGAUCAGCAGACGCGGCUGAGCGAGGCUGGCUUCCAGGACGGAACGAAGGCGUCCACCGUGGAAGACAUUUGGAGGAAAUGGAUCCCCGCCGAUGAGAAAGAGAGGGUAGACCAAUUAGAAGGACUAGACGAGGUGGAGGAAUGGGAGCUUUUGGCUGGCCAUUACGUGGUUGCUUGGGGCUGGAGAGGCCAAGGGUUUGAAGGAUGGAAAGAUUUAUGA